AUGACACAGCCAGAGCAGAAGACGAUCACUUUGGUCUCCGGUGCGAACCAAGGCAUCGGCCUCGCGACGGCGACGGCCCUCGCUCGGGACCACGGCCACCACGUCAUCAUCGGCUCUCGCAGUCUUGAUGCCGGCAAACGCGUUGCGGAGUCGCUCAAGGCGCAGGGCCACUCGGCCUCGUCCGUGCAGCUGGACCUCAUGUCCGAGGAGUCCAUCGCCGCGGCGAUCAAGCACGUGGAGACGACGUUCGGACGUCUGGACGUCCUCGUCAACAACGCGGCCAUCCUGUUUGACAUGACGGACAAGUACGAGGGCGUGUUCGACCUGUUCGCGCAGACGUUCGCCACCAACGUCGUCGGCACCGCCGCGCUGACCGAGGGCCUGUUCCCACUGCUCCGCAAGUCCAGCCUUCCGCGCGUCGUCUGCGUCUCGUCCAGGAUGGGCUCGUUCGCGCUCGCAAAGGAUCCGACGACGCCGUACUACCACCUCAACGUGCAGGCGUACGACGCCAGCAAGGCCGCCCUGCAGAUGCUCGCGAUCAACUGGGCCCGCAUCCUCGAGCCCCACGGGGCAAAGGUCAACGUCGUCUGUCCCGGCUUGGUGUCGACCAACUUGCAUCCGGCGGUGAAGGCGGGCCACGCGCCCGAGGUUGGGGCAAAACGCAUCGUUGAGAUGGCGACUGUGGGACCGGACGGGCCGACGGCGACGUUCUCUGACAGGGAUGGAGUCGUACCUUGGUGA